CCCUGCUAACGCAGGCCCUCAGUCCGCUUCCCCAGGACAGUGGGUGUGGGAGACAGCAGGAGAUGAUGGCCAGGAAUCCCCUCAGUUACCUUGCGGAAAGAAGGAUUUUAGCUGCAAGCACCCUCCUGCGGCCACCACAGAACAAGCCAAGAAAAGUCUCACAGUCACAGAGGCUGCAGCAGAGAGUUCUACAUCUGUUGGGAAAAAUUACAAUGGUGUCACUGCUGAAGUGCCUACUAAUGCCACAACAACUCUAGAUACCUUUGGGAAAGUAUCCACAGAAGUUGGCACCACCAAAGAAGUAAUCCAUUUGAGUACCACAAAGAGCUCUCGUGCUCCAGUGCCCCGUGUCCGCCGUCUUGCUCCCACAGUGGGCACGACUGUAUCACAAUCUAUGCCUACUGAGACAGAAAAGGUUGCUACUGCCCUCCAAGAAACAAUGAUGGUUUUAGGGGUCCCUGAGAAACUGUUGCUUGCAGCAACAAGCUCUCAGUCCAUGGUGGCCCUUUCAGAUGUUUCCACAGCGAAGUUGAGGCAAGCCGUUGGCACGACUGGACCUUCCUUCAUAGCAAAGGGAAAGGUGAAAUUUCCUCACUCAACUGCCAAGCCAAGCGCCACCACAGAUUGGCUAUUGUUGGAUGAUGUGACAAGCUCUCAGUCCAUGGUGGCCAUUUCAGAUGUUUCCACAGCGAAGUUGAGGCAAGCCGUUGGCACAACCGGGCCUUCCUUCAUAGCAAAGGGAAAGGUGAAAUUUCCUCACUCAACUGCCAAGCCAAGCACCACCACAGAUUGGCUAUUGUUGGAUGAUAUGACAAGCUCUCAGUCCAUGGUGGCCAUUUCAGAUGUUUCCACAGCGAAGUUGAGGCAAGCCGUUGGCACAACCAGGCCUUCCUUCAUAGUAAAGGUUCCUAUCUCAGCCACCAUCACCACCGCCAAGGUGAAGCCCCCCUCAGUGAAAUCUCUCAAUGGCGCCACCAUCUUGGUAGGGAAGUGUUUACUGUGGAUCUUCAUCCUGGCCCUCAUUGCCGGCAUUUUCAUAGUGGCCACUGGUGUCCUUGGAACCAUGCUCUGUCGCCAGAAACGGGCCUACAAAAUGAAUGAGCGCAACCACACAGAGAUGGUGUGCAUCUCAUCCCUGCUAGCUGCUGAAGAAGCAGAGGAGGCUGGCGGGAGGCACCCCAGGGUGAAAAGGGUAAAGAUGCUUGGGGAGAACGGAUCAGAGGUGGAUAUGGACAACUUGACUCUGAACAGCUUCUUGCCGGAGCAUUAAUAUAGCCUCUUAUUGCACUUCAGGGUUCUCUGGUGCUUUCUAGAAACUCCUCACGUUCACCAGAGUUGUGUUUUACAAUGCGAAGCACUUUUAUGCCAGAUUUACUCCAUCCAGAACUAUCUUUAAAAUACAUGUUGUGCUACACUCACGACACAUCUCUCAGGGGUGAGCACUUCAACAGGUGAAGCACUUAGCAAAGUCUAAUUUCCUUUGAAGGAGACCACUGUCCGGAAUUUCCCUGACACAUCAGGGAUUCGUCCGUAGAAAGUAGUGGAAUUUUUAAAAAUUGGUUGGAAACCCAUAUCGGAAGUGGGGUUGGCAAUAAAAAGAAGAUGCUCAUUUUCACUUUUUGAAAUAUGGCAGCCCUAAUUUACAACUAUGUGGUGGCAUGGAUUUCACACUCACACAGAAAACCAAGGCCCCUCCUCUCACAUCAGAUCUCCAGGGAGACUGCCAGUCACCUAGCAGAGCCCAAAACUUGACUUUUUUUUGUCUUUGACUCAAAACUGCCAAUUACAUUUAAACAGGUGAGGAAAGUUCUGUCCCCCUCCUCUAAUUUACAUUUUUCUCUUCAGAAGAUGAUCCUGUAUCCAGAAACAACAGGGCCAGACCAAUACAUUUUCUUGCCUCAGAGAAAGGAGCUGCUGCCAACCUCCUUGUUCC